AACAUGUUGAUUCUCUUCGUAUUGUUAUAAAUAUCUAACUUUUAUUGAUACUUACUUACUGAUCAGCAAAGUCAUAUCAUUUACCGAUAAUCAUCUUUAGUAUAUCCUUCAUAACAUUAGAAGUACAUAUUUUACAAGUGGUCAACAAAUAUUUUUUUUUAAAAAAACAAAUAUUAAAUUGUAAAUUAUGACAGAAAAAUUAAGCAAAACCUUUUUAAAAAGAAAAACCAAAAUAGUCCUGACAAGAGAGCAACUCUCACUAUUGGAUAAAAAUGAAUUAAUUGAUAAAAUAAUAUCACUAGACGCCCAAAAUACACAGUUAAAGAAUAUUAUCAAUAAAACAACCGGCACUUCAAAUGUGGUACCUACGAAUGUAAAAAAGAGAGAAUUCGACUUUUCAAAAUGUUACUAUCGUAAGAUUUUCCUACAAAUAUCCUACUUCGGCUGGGAUUAUCACGGUUAUGUUGUCCAGGAUGACUCGCCUAACACCAUUGAAAACCAUCUUUUUCAAGCAUUGAUCAAAGCUUGCCUGAUCGAAUCGAGGGAGAAAGCAAAUUAUAAUAGAUGCGGACGUACAGACAGAGGCGUCAGUUCAUAUGGACAGGUUAUAUCAAUAACAGUCCGCAGCAGGCAUCCACCAUCCGAUCAAAAUCAUCCCAGCGCCUUAUCGGUUGAGUUACCAUAUUGUAAGAUGUUGAACCGGUUGCUGCCGAAGCAAAUCAGGGCUAUAACCUGGUUGCCUCUCCCCGACGACCAUCUUCGAUUAAGCGCAAGAUUCGAUUGCAAACUACGUCAAUAUAAAUAUUAUUUUCCCAAAUCGACGCUGGACUUGAAAGCGAUGACCGAAGCGUGCGGACAAUUGAUCGGCGUUCACGAUUUCCGCAAUUUUUGUAAAAUGGACGUCGGCAAUGGCGUCAUGGUCCACAUGCGUGAAGUAUUUUCUGCGUGUAUUGUACCAUUUAAUGAAAAGGAUACCGAUGAACGAACAUCGAUGUACGUUUUCGUAAUAGAGGGCAACGCUUUCCUCUGGCAUCAAAUAAGAUGCAUUAUGAGUAUUUUAUUGUUAGUGGGGCAAGGUCUAGAAUCGCCUGGCAUCGUACAGUAUCUCCUAGACGUUGACGGUAAUCCACGGAAACCUCAAUACAAUAUUGCUCUGGAUACUCCUCUGAACUUCAAUAAGUGCACGUAUGACAUUGAGGAUCUCUGGGUUUAUGAUGAGUACGAAAUAAAGAACGUUAUCAUAAACGCUCAGAAACUUUGGACGGAAUACAACGUGAAAACAACAAUAAUAAGGGAUUUUAUUCGAAACUUGGAGGGUAUGUAUGAAAAAUUCGUGGAGGGACCGACGGACGAUUCGAUAUACGUGAAGAGCGAUAAAGUCGUUAGCGCGUACAUAGACAGUCUGCUCCAAGGGUCUAAAGCUAAGGUAUACAAGCCCUUGAUGAAGAGGCAACUGUGCUCAAGUAUAGAGAAUAGAAUCGAUCAUUACACGAAGAAGCAAAAAUUAACUCCAGUCGAAGAUGCAGAUGUUGAAAUGAAGACUUAAAUGGAUUUUUAUAACCUUUUUGUAUGUAUAUGAAGGGGGGGGGGGGGUCUCGCAUCAUCUUUAUCUAGAGACAUGAGGGUUGUGGCCUCUACUGGGUAUUAUAUGGUUAUGAGGCUCUGGGGCCGUAAAGGAGUGGAGGGUGGCAGCCCUAAUUAUUAUUUUAUGAACUAAUUUGCUAACUGUCAUUUUUACUAUUCAGGAUUGUCAAAAAUAUGUGUACUCUUUGUACAAGUAAUGAUUAAUACAAUAGACUUUAAUAGUUUGACUAUAUCUAGAUAUCUAAACAUAUAUUACAUUAAAAUUGUUAACACGUCGUUUUAUGAGACCCCAGGGACCCGUUCGCCCUCCAAUAAACUUCAAGACAAUCUUGGUACGCUUAUAGCAGAUUGGUGUGUAGAACUCAACCGACCUAUAGCUCCACGACUUUGUCGAAGCACACCCGACAUCGCGCGACGUGUGACGUAGUAGUUGUCGCCAAAAUCUGUUGAUAAGUGGCGCGCUUCCCUUCCCUAUUCGUCUAGUACAAAGUUGAUGUCUUACAGCGCCAUCUAGUGGCCAGUUCCAACCAAAAAAUACUUUAUUCACAUAGGCUUUUACAAGCACGUUUGAAUCGUCAUUUUACAGACGCAUUGAACGUUAAAAUGCCUGUUCGGAAUGUAGAUUCUACCGAGAGGAACCGGCAAGAAACUCUAUAGUAACUCUUUUCUAACAUUGGAUGUAUAGAGUUAUGUCAGUUAAAUACAAUUAUAUAUAAUAAAUCCUGUCU